UUUACAUAAAGUUAUAUAUAUUUUGUAUUGAACUUCUUAGCGUUUUUGUUUUCCUGCGGAACUGCCGACGGAUGCUGCGAAAGAUUAUAAAGGCAAACAAAGUCUUUAUCAAGUGAAAAACCUGGAAUUCAAGUUUCAAUGGUAGAAGGUCUGCCUAUACUCUACGCCAAACAUCGUAAGGUCGAAUCUCAGUUUGGUUUUGGCUGUGACAGUGACCGGGUGGAAGUAUCAUCAAAUCGCGAUUUAGUGCUGUCUCGCUGGAGUGUAGUGGAUCGACUGCAGUAAAAUGAAAGUUCUCAUUUGUGUUUCGGUAUUAUUGCUGGUGGUUGCCGUUAGUGGGCACAGUGAAGAUGUAGCAUUGAAAGCAAAAACGAACGAUGCCGCGUUUGAGGAAGUGCUUGUCGAAUCAUCUCUGAACGUGCGGAAUUCCAAUUUGGCAGCACGGCGGCCAGCGAGAAGUUUAAUGGACUUGUUGAUGUCCCCGAGUCACUCCCGGCCAAAGCGACAAUUUGGAGGCUUCGGAGCAGCAAGUUCGAAUGCGAAUGCCAACGCUUUUAAUCAACAAUUUACACCACAAGGCUUCGGUGCUAGUGCUGCCAACGCCGGAGCUCAGUCGUUUUACAAUCAAGGACCAUUAGGAGGCUUUGGGGCUUCAGCAGCUAAUUCAGCCUCGCAGGGAUUCCAAGCUGGACCAGGAGGGCUCUCGGGCUCUGCCGGAAUGUCCGGCAGUCAGUCGUACCAUCUACCUGGCAAUCGAGAUGUUAGUUUAUCGUACACUGGAGGUUUCUCGGUGGCCGAUGGCAGGCCAAGUGUUUCGCAAGGUAACUCAAUUAGCUUUACUUAAUUAGCGUGAAGACGGGAAAAUAUCAGCCGUUUCAGGAUAUGUUAAAAUAUAUGGAAAU